CAAUAAUUUCGCCGCGGUGUUUUGUUUGUCGCUUUUUAUUUAGUAUAGCUUGAAUUUAUUUUUGUUAACACUUGAAAUUUGUCCUAAAUAUGGAUGAAUUUAGUGAACAGUUAAUUUGUAAAGUACAGACGCAUCCUUACCUUUAUGAUGACCAACAUAAGGAAUACAAAAACCUAAACGCCAAGGAGCAAACAUGGAGGAAAAUUGGAGAGGAAUUAAAAAUGUCGCCUAUUAAAGUUAAGGCAAGAUGGAAGAAUUUACGUGACUCUUAUGUUAAAUACAAAAAUCAACUGAAUAAAGUUAGGGACAAUGCCGAACAGGAAGCUCUGAAUAAUCGCUAUUUGAAAGUUCGAUACUUAACAUUCUUAGAUGAAACUUUAGCUCGACGUUCACUGUCCCAUGCACAUGUAAAACCCGAAAGCAGCGUCCCUUCGCCACCCAUGAAACGUCCGACUAGUUAUGACAAUGACUUACGGAACAAUAAAAAGGCCAAAACGGAGAGAGUGAAAAAGAAAAGUUCAAAUAAAAUACGUUCCACUUUGAAUGCUUUAACUACAAAACGCCGUCAUGAAAAACCGUACAAAAAAGAAGCUCAACCGAUUGAAGAAAGUGCGCCAUUGGUGCACAAUGCAAAAGUUGAAAGCUUUAAUAUAUCACCAGAAAACUGCCUUGAAAUUUCCACCACAAACGGCAUGGCAACGAAAGACGGUACAGAUUCUGGCACUAAAUCAAAUUACGCUGACUUGCUGUCGAAUCACUUAGAAGACAAGCGGCAAUGUCAAGCUCAAAUUGUGAGCGGGGGAAGCGAUGCAGUAGACCAUUUGUUUAGCAGCUAUGCGCAUACAUUCCGAACUCUACCGUUGCGCCAACAAGUAAACAUAAAAGUUGAAAUGGCAAAACUUUUCGCCCUUGCUGAAAUAGAGAGCCUGCCGUAGGACAUACAUAAAAUACUUUGUUGUUGUGCAAAUCGACAUUUUUCUUUAUUGUUUUGUAUGUAAAUGAAGUAUUACUUUGAAAAUAGUAAGUGUACACGUAAUAUGUAUUGAAUGUAAAAUUAUUUUUUUUUUAUGACUGCACAGUUCUUUCUUCGUUCUUAUCCUUACACUCGAAUUCAAAAAAUUUAGAUAAUUUGCAUAAUAAAAAUUUUAAUUGUCUACUAAA